CGCAACAAGAAUCCUCGUGGAUCCAGGCGAAGCCAAGUUUCAGCAGUACGAGAGGGAUUGUCCCGCAGUUGUUAUCUGGACAGGUGGCAGGACGAGCUCAGCAAGCACAUGGGGCGAGUAAAAAUGGAUUGCAGGAGCAUGAUGGGGGACCUGCUCAGCUUCUCGGUGGUGCUAUGCUGA